AUGUAUGCUAGCGGUACUGAAUCAAAUUUGAAUCCAGAUAUUGAAGUAAUUAGCUCGCCAAAGGGUGCUGGUGGUCGAACACGUGACGAGAUAUGGGCACAUUUUGAUGAUUAUGGCGAUGCUAAAACAGCUGGGCAUAAAAAAUGUAAAUGUAAAUAUUGUAAUAUCACAUUUCAAUAUGCAAAAUUACCGAUGAUGUAUCGGCACAUCUCACAUGAAUGUGAACACAUAUCAAGUAUCAAUCCAAAUGGUCUAAAAGAAAUACUUGUCAAGUUAAACAGUAGUACAACUGAUACUAGUAACAGUAAACGUCUGAAAACCCAUAAUUUAACAUCAACAACACCAUCGACAUCGUCUAAAUCAUUAAUAACGACGAUGCCAAAAUGCAGUAAACAAUUAAACAUGGAUCAAUUCGGCACACGUGCUAUUUUACCAAGUGAAAAACAAUCAAUCGAUCAAACAUUAGUUCGAGCAUUUGUUAUGAAUGGAAUGUCAUUUAUGACUAUUGAUAAUAUUUUUUUCAAAGAAUUUUUACUUAAAUUAAAUCCUAUGUAUACUCCUCCAGAUAGAAAAAAAUUAUCUCGUGAUUUGUUGACGAAAGAAUUAGUUAAUGUUGAAACAAGAAAUAAUGAUUUGUUGAAUGAAUCUGAACAUCUUACAUUAAACGUUGAUGGUUGGACAGAUCAAGCUGGACGCUCAUUAUAUGAAUUUAAUGCAAUCACUGAAUAUAGAAAAUGUAUCGUUCUGGCAUUAAAAGAUCUUAGUUCACACUCUCAUACAACGAUAUUUCUGAAUGAUGAAUUAGAAAGUGUACUAAAAAAAGUAUCAGUAAAUUGUGAUGUUAAUUCAAAAAUUCGAGCCAUUGUCACUGAUAAUCCAAAUGUUAUGAAGAGUAUGCGUGAUUUAUUUAUAGCACAACCGAGCAAUCAACACAUUCUUUCAUUACGUUGUUUUGCACACGCGCUAAAUUUGAUAGCUUCUGAUGUUAUUAAACAUUCAUAUUCGACCAGAAUAUUGUCUCGAUUAUCAAUCGUCGCGACAUAUUUUAAUCAAUCACACCAGUCAAAAGCACAGUUGAAAUUUGAAGCCAAACGAAUGAAGGCCAAAAAGGAAACAUUAGAUACGGUCGCUGAUACUCGUUGGACUACUGUUGCGGAUAGUCUACAUUCGUUUUUAUUGUUACGAAUUCCAUUAUUAACAAUCGUAACUGAAAAUGAUGAUCGGCUACCACAAAAAGUUAAAACAGUUGUUAAUGCAAGAAAUUUUUUUUAUGAAAUAGAAAAUGUAUAUGGAAUAAUGAGAGUGUUAGCGUAUGGAGUUGGUAUCAUACAAUCAAAUUCAGCUACUAUGGCAGAUUGCUAUUUAAUUUUAAUAUAUAUUAAUCGUUUGACAAACGAGUUUGUACGUAGUAGUGAAACAAAAGAAUUUGGUCGGUUUGUUAGCAAAGUAGUCAAUAUUCGUCUUAGAGAAUUUCAGAAUUUUUAUUAUGCUGCCAGUUUCUUUUUACAUCCCAAAUAUCGUGGUGCAGGGCUAUUAACAGAUUGUCGUAGUCAGGUAUAUAAAACAAUUGCUGAAUAUAGUAAAAGAAUUGGAAAUAAUCAAGCAACAACCAAAAUGGUUAUUGCGUCCUUACAACGUUAUGAAAUGAAGAUUGGACCGUAUAGUUUGAAUUAUUCAAAAGAUGAUACGCCAUCUAGUUGGUGGGCUAUGGUUCGUGACCAGACUAAUAAAAAUUCAUUGAAAGAUAUAGCGAUAAGAUUAUUUUCUAUCACACCACAUUCUGUAAUGCCAGAAAGAUUGUUUUCUAUUUUGGAUUGGCAACAUUCGAAACGUAGAAAUCGUUUAAAUCCAUUUACAUUGGAAGCCAUAACAAAAAUUCAUACCUAUCAUUGUAAUAGCAGUAAUUCAGUCAUUGAUAUGGAAAAAAUAGAAGAAGCAUUAUCCGAUGAAUUGAAGCCUGUUGAAAAUGAGAAUGACCUGAAUGAUAACACAAAAAAGUUCAAUGAUCAUAUAAAUGAGAACCAUCAAAUAUUAUGUCAGUUAACUGACUCAGAAUUAAUUAGCGAAAACGAUAUUGAGGAUAAAGACUUAUUGAAUAUAUCAUCGUUAGUGAAUUCUGAAGAUAGGGAUAUAACAAAUAUAUUCGUUGAACUUGGUUUAUUAGACGAAGAUGUACAAGAACAAAAUGAUACUCAAACAGCAAGUAGUCAAGAUAGAAAUGAUGAUGAGGAGGAUUAUGAUAUAGAUGAAUUGGUCAAAGCAGCAAUCGCUACUUGA